UAUGACGAUCAAAACUGCAGCUUUUCAGUUGUUGUUUAUCUAACAUUUCGUAAGGACGAAGCCUGAGCUCAAAACGGUUGAUGCAUUUUUCUAGCUGAGCGUUUUGAAAAUCCUCCCUCCCGACUACACGUCCUCUGCAGUGUCCCAUAGUAUCCACAGGGCUCGUCAUGGCGCUCGGACGCAGGAGCUCGCUUCUCCUGUUUUUCUUCGCUUUCUUCUAAAUUGAAUCUACCUGAAUCUCUCGGACUCGGAUUUUUUUUUUCUUUUUUUCGCUGUUUCGACUGAACGACUCACGAGCGAUGAUCUUUUCCUUGCUGAGGUAUACGGGUCUGAACAUAUAAACUUGUGUCCAACUGGGCGAUCAAGAUUUCAGGAUCCCUUUUCCAGGACGAAUUCCCUAGUUCGAGGAACUCGGGGAAAGAAACUGUUCUGGAAGAAGAGGAGGAGUGAGAAGGGGCCCUUAUUUAAGUGAAUGCUAGAGACAUGAUCAUGACUGCGGCAUGGGAGUGACGUGACAUCAGGAUUGGACUUUCCCUCCAAACAACCUUAUAUCCACACACUCACAUCAUGCGCUUCUCUCUUUGGAGAGGCAAAACUGACUGAAUGAACGUCUAUGCUGAGAAAGAUUGUGGGAGUGUGAAAAUGGACGAGUCUGCGCUCCUGGACCUGUUGGAGUGUCCGGUGUGCUUGGAACGUCUGGAUGCUACGGCGAAGGUGUUGCCAUGCCAGCACACGUUUUGUCGGCGCUGCCUGCUUGGAAUUGUGGGGUCGCGUGGAGAACUGCGCUGCCCAGAGUGCCGCACGCUAGUGGAGAGUGGCGUGGAUGAGUUGCCUAGCAACAUCCUCUUGGUACGGCUACUGGACGGUAUCAAGCAGAGACCGAGGAGGACAGGAAGCGUGCAUGGCACAUGUACUAAUGGAUCUGCAGUGGCAGGAGUCCGAUCACAGGGUGCUGGAGGAGGCCAGAGGGAUCCAGGUCCCACAGGGGCACCGUCUCAGAGGGUCCAGGCCAAGAGCACUCCAGUUAGGGGAGUUCCUCAGCUACCCUGUGCCAAGGCCAUAUACAACUAUGAUGGCAAAGAACCCGGAGAUCUCAAAUUCAGCAAGGGUGACAUCAUCAUCCUGCGCCGACAGGUGGAUGAAAACUGGUACCAUGGAGAGAUGGGCGGAGUCCAUGGAUUCUUCCCCACCAACUUUGUCCAGGUCAUCAAACCUCUCCCACAGCCACCCCCUCAAUGUAAGGCCCUGUAUGACUUUGAGCUGAAAGACAAGGAGGCUGACAAGGACUGCUUGCCAUUUUCAAAGGAUGAUAUUCUUACUGUGAUUCGUCGUGUGGAUGAGAACUGGGCGGAAGGCAUGCUGGGAGAUAAGAUUGGCAUCUUCCCCAUAUCUUAUGUAGAGUUUAACAGUGCAGCACGACAACUUAUAGAACUGGACAAGCCAUCUGAAGGUGGAGGAGACUCCAGUGAAGGACCAUCCUCCUCUUCCUCGGGCCCCCAGGCCAACGGCUCCCAGAAAGCCACUGGGGAGAAGAAGAACAGUAAGAAGCGUCACUCCUUCACCUCUCUGACUAUGUCCCAUAAGCCCUGCCUGGCCCCUCCACCCCAGAGACACUCCAUGGAGAUCAGUGGCCCGGUUCUGAUCAGCUCCUCCAACCCUACAGCAGCGGCCCGGAUCGGAGAGCUCAGCGGAGGCCUGUCCUCCAGCGCACCUUCACAGGUUCACAUUUGCACAACAGGACUCAUUGUUACUCCUCCACCAAGCAGUCCUGUCACCACGGCGACAGUUUUCACAUUUCCUCCAGAAACCAGCUAUGCCUCUAUUCCAGUGGAUGCUCUUCCUCCUCCACCACCUCCUCCACCUCAAUCAGUGUCUUCAGCUGUGGGCGCUCUCGCCUUGAAUGCUGGUCAGAGGCCGUCACCCGCUGCGGGUGACCAGAGUGGCCGUCAGAGACCCACAGUGUACGUGGCGAUGUUUCCCUACACGCCCCGAAAGGAAGAUGAGUUGGAAUUAAGGAAGGGGGAGAUGUUUCUGGUGCUGGAGUGCUGUCAGGAUGGCUGGUUUAAAGGAACAUCCAUGCACACCGGCAAGAUCGGAGUGUUCCCUGGUAACUACAUGAGUGCUGUCAACAGGACUGUUUCUGGCAGCAGUCAGCCAAAAGUUCCCCUGACCCUUUGCUCCCAGGCUGGACGUGGCGUCACCAUUGUCAGCCCCUCCUCUGCUCCUCUUGGAGCCACCCUGGGGAGUGUCGACCCCAGCAAACCCCUUCCAGUCUGCCCAAAUCCCACCCUGUCUUGCCCACUUCCUGCUGCUGUAGUAUCAGCCGCACAUAUACCCACUGGACAGCACCCCAAAGUGCUCAUGCAUGUGACGUCACAGAUGACCGUUAACCAGGCACGCAGUGCAGUCAGGACAGCUGUGUGUCAUAGUCAGGACCGGCCUACGGCAGCAGUGACGCCCAUCCAAUCCCACAAUCCUGUGUCCUACCUUCCUAGCACAGCUGUGGUUCUUCAGGCGUCACCUGUCCUCAGCUCCAGCCCGGGAUCCUCCUCAGCCAGGGUCAGUGUGGCUAUGGGCUGUGCCGCCGCCUCCUUGACCCCUCCUAAUGUUAGCGCUGCUUCUUUGGACAGUGAUGCCAUGAGACCUGUCCCUGUGGUAGCACUUCCUGUGAACCCUGGCAGCACAAAAUCUCUCGGUUCAGCCUCGAAUCAUGGUGUUGCUUGUAGACUGGAUAAAGACUGCAAGAGAGAAAAGAAAGGCUUACUGAAACUGCUGUCUAAUAAAAAGAAGCUCCGCCCAUCUCCCCCAUCCUCCCCUACACUGGAGGCGGAGCAGUCUAUUGCCAUGGAAAUGCCCCAGCGGGCAGUCGGACCUGAAAUGGCUCCAUCCAGCUCAGCAGCAGCAGUAGUGGCAGUAGGACACAACGGCCGUGCUGGGGUCUGUCCGAUGGAUCCUGAGCUCUCUGCAUCCUCAUCUUCAUCAAACACAGAUGCAGUGUCACACAGAAGCUGCUCCCAGGACAACACUGCCCCAAUCGCCCCGCCUCCACGACAGCCAUGCUCCUCCCUCCUCUCCAUGCAGCAUGAUGGCCGGCCAAUUGUUUGUGAAAGGUACCGUGUGGUGGUGUCCUACCCUCCCCAAAGCGAAGCAGAGCUGGAACUCAAGGAGGGGGACAUUGUGUUUGUGCACCGAAAACGAGAGGACGGCUGGUUUAAAGGAACAUUACAGAGAAAUGGCCGAACCGGGAUGUUUCCUGGCAGCUUUGUUGACAGUAUCUAACGCACAUGGUGUCUAAGAACAUAGUAUUUAGAUAUUGAAUUCUCCUUCACUGAAAAUACAACUUUAGCCUUAAUAGUUCGAAUUGAUGAGCAGCAGUGAUCAGUAGAACUGGGCUGCUUAUGACUGUUGGCGCAAAGUAUGAGGGUCAUCAGCUGCAUGGAUUUGACCUCAGUCUUAUGAAAAUCUCAAAACCAACUCGACCGGUCCUAGUGGUUCAGCAUUAGAUUAAAUACUUUUGCUGAAACACGGAAGCAACCAAGUUUUAGCCAUUCGCACUAGGCACCCUAUUUUUAGCACAGUAGAUGAAGUUGUGAUGGGAUUCGUUAAUUUAUGCAUCUGUAACAUUUCAAAGACGUUUAAUGUGUGCCCUUGUACUGUCUCACUUUACUGUAUAUAAGCAAAACGAAGAGUCAUGACAAGAACAAUAUGAAUUUUCUUCAUCUGAAAAACAUUUAACUUAUUUUUAUUUUGUAGGAAUGGAGGUUUUUAGGGACAAUUUGUUAUGUGAGCCCAUUGGUCAAAUGCCUGUAGAGUCUGAAUAAUGUCACUGUUGGUCAUUUGCUUGAAAUAAAAUAAAAAAUCAAUACUAGAUGAAGAGCCGAAUGAACUCACAAAGGUUGGUUUGACCAUCCAUAUCUACUUCAUCCUGCAUGUAUUUGGCUCUUUGAGUCAUAUAGGAUGAGGAGUGAGGACACUGCAGGCCUGUAGUCUCAUGUUCUGAUUGGUUGUGGUGUGUGUAAACGCUGAUAUGGCUUUUGUGAAGGUUUGCUGUAGCUACACUGAGCGAGGGAAUGAAGGUUAGCAUAUUAUUAUUUUUAAAAGAUUACACUCAAGACAUUUUAAUCAAAUAUAACUAAUUUUCCUUUGCAAUAACACUAUGGCUUUUUGGUAGUAGAAAAGCUGUUGAGCAGAACAGAAACAAUCACUCAGAGUAAAAGCACAGAGACCCCGAUAUCUUACAGUGGUAAUGCCAUUAUGCUUUUGUGCACACGUGUUUUUUCCCUCUCUGGUUUAGUUUCCUUCAGAAUGUUGUACCGGCCCGUACAUGGAUACACAACUGACCCAGUGGUCUUUGUUUGAGCUACCGAAAAUCACCUUUACAUACCAUAGCAUUAUAAACUGCCUGAUUUUACAUGAGUGAAAAAAAAAUGUUUUUUGCUUCUCUUUAAGUCAGGUUUGUUCUGAUGUUGUCUGCUGUACUUUAGUAUUUUAUGUGAUAUUUCAUGUUUUGUGUACUUGAAAAUGGUGUUUGUGUAUUUUUUAUGCUUCACACAG